AAAAAAUAAUGGAACAACUCAAGACCGAGAAACUUACCGAGUUUGGCCAAACUGAGUUUAAAGAAGAAACUAAGGGACUCAAAACUUUGAAAUUAUUUAAGAAGAACAACAGUCAAGGUUUGAAGCUGAUUAGUCCUGCAAAGAUCAAGCUCAAGACUUCUUCCACUCAGAGUUCAACUGCAAAGAACAAGAAGGUGGUGGCUACUGAGAGAAACAACCCUUGUCAGAACCUAGAAUGCCAGUCCACUGUUGAUAAUGAAGAAACUUCUCGUGAUAAUCCAUGCGAGAGUUGAAGCAUGAACGAAGAAUUCAUACUUCUAUUGCAAAAAGAAAUCAAGAGGCUUCAGAAUAUUACCAAUGACCUGUCUUAUCAAUUGAUUAUGAAUGGACAGAAGCCUCAGAUUAAGGAAAGUGAGAGGGCUCCUAUUGAUCUGAGUAUUAAUCCACUUCGAAGAAGAGAACAGAGAUCCAAACUGAGUGACAACAGAACCAUCCCUUCCAAAAUUCUAGAUAGAGCGAAGACCGGUUCUUCAUGAGAAAAUGUCUCUAACACAUCAACACAAGCUGAUGUUGCUAGACCGAGCAGUGGCUUUAGGAUCAGGGAUCAGAAUGGAAUAUCUAAAUACAGCACUGUCGAUCUCAGUAAAGAAGAAGCUCCUGCCAUUGCUGUUGAUAAAGGUCCAAAUAAAGUAGAAAAGUAUAAACAAGAAAUUGACUUUGUGAAAAAGAUUGGGAAAGAAUCAGUAAAAGCAAUUGGGAAGCCCCAGUUCAAAGAAAAGCCACUGAUUAAAAAGCUGUCGAUUGGCAAGAAGAGUAAAAAUAAGAACAAUCUGAUGUUGCCUCCUCUAGAACAGCAAGAGGGUGACGGCUAGACUAAAUUAGGAAUUUCUAAUUCUUCAAAUAA